GAUUGUGUGCGGACGUUCGUUUUUUGAUAGCGCUCGUUGUGCGGUAAAAAGUAACGGAAAUUAGUUAAAUAAAGAAAAAGUAGAAUUGAAAGGCAUAAUAAUUAUUAUAGUAAAACUAUAAAAAUUUUGAAAAAUAUUCAUAUAUCACGGUUUAAAACUACUGCGGUAACAAACAGAGUUUUACGCAUCCACCCACACUUGACGGCAUUUGAUACUCAACGUCGAAAUUUUGUGCGCGUAUUUGUAUUUUUAAACAUUUCUGUAUCCUUAUUCUAUUUUUGUCGAAAAUCGGUUUUCACAAGUGUUCGUCAUUUUGUCAGUGACAUUGUGUGUGUGUUAACACUGCUGUCCUUUUUAUCCUGUCAUUCGUAUUCCGACUUGAUAAGGGUGUGUACUUGAUGACCUACCCAUUGAAAAAAGUAUUUGAAGUAAAAUAUAAAAUAAACAAGUGAAACAUUCGUGUACACCUGCAACUGCAACGUUAACAUAAAGUGCAAGGUAAAAACUAUUCGAAAAUACGCCCUGUGCAAGUGAGGUGCCGAGUUUUCAAUUUUUAUAACGCACAAAAGCAUAAUUUUCACCAAAAUGUCGGUAUCAUCAAAUGCAUCAUCUGCAUCGUCAUCUGUAACUGGUGUGCCCAUCAGCAAUGGCAGUGGGAGUAGACCAUCGUUGGGACGACCGGGCAGCUGUGAUUCGUCCUCCGCAGGCAGCGACUCGUCUGAACUAACACAUAUUCUGAAUCGCAGACAAGUAAUUAUGGAUUCGCAGGAAGCUGGCAUUGAAGUGCCACAUCAAUUCAAAGUGGUUAAUGUAUAUACGGAAUUCCACGAAUUCUCAAGGAAACAAAUUAAGGAUUAUCAAAAAACCUUUAACAAAUAUGACGUUGGUCAUGACGGCUAUUUGGAUCUGACCGAAUUGAAAUUCAUGAUGGAAAAAUUAGGCGCACCACAAACCCACUUGGGUCUCAAGCAAAUGAUCGCCGAAGUCGAUGAGGAUCACGAUGGUAAAAUUUCGUUCCGCGAAUUCUUAUUGAUCUACCGCAAGGCACAAGCCGGUGAGCUCGACAACGAUUCCGGACUCAAUCAAUUGGCGCGUCUCACCGAAAUCAAUGUCGAAGAGGUUGGCGUAACCGGCGCGAAAAAUUUCUUCGAAGCCAAAAUCGAACAACAACUGCGAUCGAAUAAGUUCCACGAUGAGAUCCGACAAGAGCAAGAGGAGCGGCGUCGCGAGGAAGAGGAACGUGCCAAUAGACGUUUACAAUUCCAACAGCGUGCAGCGAUCUUCCAGUAAAAACGAACGUCAUUGCUUUACACUGUAUGUGGAGCGGGGAGCGUAAGGGGGGAACAAUUGGGAAACUUUUAAGAUUUAUCGUCAUCAUCAACACUUUGUAGUUUUUAAGAAAAUGAUCAUUUAGGAGCAUCAACGCAACGUACUGACUGGGUGAGGAGAUGUUUUAGCGGGACUGUAGUAGUCAGUACCAGAAGAAGAAGAAGAGGAGGAGUAUGAACCACUCACACACAUCGCAUAUCGCAUAAAUAUUUGUUAAGGAACACACUCAAUUACAACACAACUACAACAAAAUAUGAAGCAUUUUAUGUGCAGCAAGCUUAAAAGUGCGCCAGCAAAGAAAAA